ACAUAUUACUGACUUUGAUCGAAACAAUGCUCGUAUUGUGUCUUGGUGUUACCUUCUUUCUGGUCAACUACUGCGCAUGUCUGAAAGACGAAGCCGCCAUUACAGACAUAAAAAAUAGAUUCAUACGUCAUGCACCUUACUACAAUGCAUACUUCUAUGCAAGGCUAACUCACAAUCUCAGAAAUCACCAUGGAACCGUUCCUUUCAAUCAAGUUAUCGUCAACAAAUUAAACCGAUACAAUCGCCACAGCGGUGUCUUCGUGUGCCCCCGCUCUGGGUAUUACGUUUUUACCUGGACCUUGAUGACCAACCACAAGCAGUGGGUAAUCUCGGAACUGGUGGCCGGAGGGGCCGUCAAGGGGAAAUUAAUCGUCGAUAGUGACGAGGGGUACGGAAGUGGAUCAACAACCGUGCUUGUAUAUGUCCGACGAGGACAACACGUUUUCGUUAGAAUAACUGGUGGUGAUCGAAAUGUUGAAGCCCAAGGUGUUUCAAGUUUUUCCGGCUGGAGAUUGUCUUAGACCUCUGAAAUGAACCGUGAAUUUAUUGAUAUUACUUUAGAUCUUCCUUAUUGCCUCUCUGUUUAUUUAAAUAAAACAAGAAAUUUAAAA